AUGAGCUUCAAGUCUGUGAGACCAGAGCAUGCCGGGGAGAUACGCUUCACGGCGGACAGAGUCUCCUCUUACGCAACCCUCACAGUUAAAGAGCUGCCAGUGCAGAUAGUAAAACCUCUGAGGGUGAAGAUAGCCAUGUAUCGUCACCGCGGGUUACUGGAGUGCCAGGUGUCCCGACCGAAUGCUCAGGUGAAGUGGUUCAAGAACCAGAAACAGAUCCAGCCCAGCAGGAAGUACCAGUUGAUCGCCCUGGACGUGUACCGCCAGCUGACCAUUGAUGACGUGUGCUCGUCCGACGAGGACACCUACACAUGCGAUGCGGGAGAUGACAAGACCUCCUGCCAGCUGCUGGUGGAGGAGACGGCCAUCAGCAUCGUGCGAGGCUUGAGCUCUGUGGAGGUGAUGGAGCCAGAGCCCGCCCUGUUCCAGGUAGAGACCAACCUGCGCUCGGGGAGGCCCCCCAGGUGGACCCUGAAGGAGAAGGUUCUAGAAAGCAGUUCCGCUGUGCAGAUAGACAGACAGGGCACCCUCCAUCACCUCUGUCUCUCCUCCACCGACAGCUCCAUGUCGGGUCCCGUUCAGUUCACUGCCGGCAAGAGCCGCUCCACUGCACAGCUCACUGUAAAGGAGCGCCCCCUACAGGUGCUCCAGCCCAUGGCGGACAUGGAGGUGAAGGAGAACAGCUUGGUGACACUGAGCUGUGAGUUCGUCCCAUCCCCCAGAGUGGUGCGCUGGUUCAAGGGGCGCACCGCCCUGAAGAAUUGUGGGAAAUACAGCAUGAGGAGGGAGAGGAGCCGGGCAGAGCUGACCAUCCAGGGGGUGAGUGCUGUGGACGGGGGUCAGUACCGCUGUCUGGCAGGAGGAGCCCAGAGCACAGCCACUGUCAGUGUGGAAGUUCGAAGAUUAAGGAUCGUCAAGCACCUAGAGAGCAUGGAGGUGGAGGAGGAGAACAGUGCCACAUUUGCCUGUGAGCUCAACUAUGUCGUGGCUGAUAUGCAGUGGCUUCUCAACAACAGCCGCCUCUACUCCAGCCCCAUCACCAGGAUCCAGCACCUGGGCACCAUGCACAGCCUGACCAUCAAACAUCUCUCCCCCCAGGAGAGCAGGGUCACCUUUAAGGCUGGCCCAGUCACGGAGACCGUCUCGCUCAAGGUCAAAGAACGCCCGGCGGUGUUCCUCAGAUCUUUGGAGGAUGCAGCAGGGGAGGAGCAAGGAAAAGUCUGCCUGCAAUGCGAGGCUUCCAAGGAGAAGGUCUCUCCUGUGUGGAAGAAGGAUGGUGUGCCACUGUCCGCCAGUGCCAAACACGAGCUACUCCACUUCUGCAAGUCCUUGACUCUAAUCGUACACAGUCUGACCAAGGAAGAUGCAGGCCAGUACAGCUGUGACCUGGGCACCAGCCAAACCAAGGCUAAGGUCACUGUUCAUGACCUUCACAUCAUCAUUGUCCAGCGCAUGAAGACUGCAUCAGUCCUGGAAGGGGAGAGCUGCUCCUUCGAGUGCGUCCUCUCCCAUGAGGUCAGCGACGAGCCGAGCUGGAGCGUCAAUCGCCAGCCUGUGGUCAGCAACAGCCGUCUCCAGCUGGACAGCAAGGGCCGGCGGUACGCGAUGACCAGCUCAGCUGCAGGACCAUGCUGUUUGUCAGAGACUGUCCACGUGUUUCGAGACAUGCUGAACGCCAGGGCCACCCCAGGGGAGGACGCCGAGCUGAGCUGUGAGAUCACCAAACCCGAAGCCACCAUCCGCUGGCUGAAAGACGGCCACCAGAUCCGAGCCAACGCCAGGUACGAGAUCAGCAUGGAGGGGCACCUGGUCAGGCUGGUCAUCAGGAACACCACCAUCCGAGACUCUGGGGAGUACUGCUGCGAGGCAGAUGGCAUCGCCACAAGGGCCAGACUGGAGGUCAGAGAGCUGCAGCACACGUUUGCGCAGGAGCUGAAGGACACAUUGGCAGAGCAGAAGGCCAAGGCAACCCUUGAGUGCGAGACCAGGCGUCCGGCCAAGCGCGUCACCUGGCUCAAGGGCAUGUUGGAGCUGAGGGCGGGCAGGAAGUACACCAUGAGGCAGAAGGGCGUGGUCCUGUCGCUCACCAUCAGUGGCCUGGAAAGAGGCGACACAGACGUGUACACGUGUGAUGUCGGCACCAUGCAGAGCCGGGCGCUGCUGACCGUGCACGCCAUACCAGCCGAGUUCACCCAGAGUCUCCAGACCAUGGAGGCCAGGGAGGGGGAGAGUGUUACCUUGACCUGCGAGUACUCCCUCCCUGGGGUUCCGUACAGCUGGAGGAAGGGCCUGGAUACCCUCAGGGCUUCUGAGAAGUACGUGAUGAAGCAGAGGAAGUCCAUCAUCUCUCUGACCAUCACAGCCCUGAACACAGAUGACUCAGGAGACUACAGCUGUUUGUGCAGAGACCACCGGACAACGGCCAGUCUCAAAGUCCACGCGAUUCCCAUAACUUUCAAACAGCAGCUGAAGAGCAUGCAGGUGGAGGAGGGAAACAGUGUGACUCUACGCUGUGAGCUGUCCAAACCUGGGGUGCCCGUGAAGUGGAUGAAAGGCGAUGAACUGCUGAAGAACGGAGCCAAGUUUCAGAUGAGGAAGAGAGACACCAUACUGGAGCUCCUCAUCUGGAAAACCGUACCUGACGACAGCAGCGUCUACAGUUGUGUGUGUUCAGACCAGUCCACCUCCGCCACCGUCACUGUCACUGCCCUCCCCAUUACCUUCAUACAUAAGUUAAGGAACAUCCAGAUAGAGGAGGGCAACACCGCUACUCUGCGCUGUGAGCUCUCCAAACCCGGACAUUCAGUGGAGUGGAGGAAGGGAGGGGAAGAUCUCCUUUCAAAUGGAGAGAAGUACCACAUCAGGCACAGAGAGCAGCUGGUCGAACUGAGGAUUCUCGAUGCCAAACCUGAAGACAGCGAUAUCUACACUUGCAUUUGUGGCAACAUCGAGACCACAUCUACUCUCACUGUUAACGCUCUUCCUGUAACCUUCAAACUAAAACUGAAGAACGUGCAGAUCAUCGAGGGGAACAACCUGACACUGCGCUGUGAGAUCUCCAAGCCUGGCGUCCCUGUGGAGUGGAGGAUGGGAGAAGAUCGCCUGGAAAAUGGAGACAAGUACCACAUGAAGCAGAGAGAUGCUAGUGUAGAGAUGAUGAUCAACGAGGUCGUACCUGAUGAUAGUGGAGAUGCAGGGAAAUACUGUUGUGUGACUGGAGACCAGAAGACCACUGCUGAAAUAAAUGUGAAGGGCCUACCAGCCACCUUCAAACAGCAGCUGAGGAACCAAGAGGUUGAGGAGGGUGAUAGCAUUACGUUGAACUGCGAGCUCUCUAAACCUGCCCCCUCGGUGGAGUGGAGGAGAGGAGAGGAGGUGCUGAGGAGUGGAGAGAAGUACCAGAUGAGGAAGAAGGACCAGCUGCUGGAGCUGAAGAUAACCGACGCCAACCUUGAGGACAGCGGAGAGUACACCUGCGUUUGUGGCGAGCAGAGGACCACAGCUAGUGUCAUAGUGAAUGAGCCUCCCAUCACAUUUAUGGAGGAGCUGAAGAAUGUGAAGGUGGAGGAGGGCAACGGCAUAGCUCUGCGCUGUGAGCUGUCCAGGCCUGGAGCUCCUGUGGAGUGGAGGAGAGGCCUGGACCUGCUGGCAAACGGAGAGAGGUACCAGAUGAAGCAGAGAGACGCCACGCUAGAGCUGCUCAUCCGGAGGAGCCUGCCCGACGACAGCGGCGUGUACACCUGCAUGUGCGCAGGCGCCAAAACCAUUGCCACCGUUUUUGUCACAGCCAUCCCAGUGGCCUUCAAACAGAAGCUUAAGAGCCAGGAGGUGUUGGAGGAGGGCAGUGUUUCCCUGCGCUGUGAACUGUCCAAACCAGGGAUCCCCGUGGCGUGGAGGAAGGGAGAGAAGAUCCUCCAGGGCCAAGACAAGUACCUCAUGAAGCAGGAGGGCAAAGUGGCUGAGAUGCACAUCAGCAAGGUCUGUCUACAGGAUGCCGGGGAAUACAGCUGUGUCGCAGGAGAAGUCAAGACCAUGGCAGAAAUCAAAGUGAGAGCUCUUCCCAUCACCUUCGAGCGAGAGGUCCAAAACAUGGAGGUCACAGAAGGGGACAGUGGGGCCUUCAGCUGUGAGCUCUCCAGGCCCGAAGCCCCUGUGGACUGGAGGAGAGGAAGAGUCAUCCUGAAGUCUGGAGACAAGUACGAGAUGAAGCAGGAGGGACGCAUCACCAGGCUGGUCAUCCACAACGUAGAAGAAGGGGAUGCUGGGAAAUACACCUGUCAGACCAAAGACAACCAAUCGACAGCUGAGCUCACUGUCAGAGCUCCUCCAGUGACUUUCAAGGUGAAACUGAGGUACCAGGAGGUUGAGGAGGAGAACAGCGUGACUCUGCACUGUGAGCUCUCCAAACCUGGACUCGCCGUAGAGUGGAGGAGAGGGGACGAGCUGCUGAAGAAUGGAGUCAAGUACCAGAUCAAGAAGAGAGACGCCACUGCGGAGCUGGUCAUCAGGAAAGCGUCUCUCGGGGACAGCGGCGUCUAUAGCUGUGUCUUCGCAGACAUAAGAACCGCAGCGACAAUCAAAAUCACCGCCAUCCCCCUCACCUUCAAGAUGGGGCUGAAGAACCAGGAGGCCCCAGAGGGGGGCAAUGUGACUCUGUGCUGUGAGCUGUCCAAGGCGGGGGUACCCGUGCGGUGGUGCAGGGGCGAGGAGGAGAUAAGCUCCGGGGGCAGGUACCAGAUGAUGCUAGAGGGGAAGGUGGCGGAGAUGCACAUAAGGAACAUUCAGCCGGAGGACGUGGGCGAGUAUAGCUGCGUUUUUGGAGAUCAGAAGACCACUGCUGAGGUCAACGUUAGAGCUGCUGCGUCCGUGUUCAUUGAGAAGGAGCUGGAAAGCCAGGAGGUGACGGAGGGGAAGUCCGUCCUGCUGUCCUGUGAGAUCUCCAGUGCCAACGUCCCAGUCACCUGGAAGAGAGGCAGCAGGCCGAUCGAAGAGGGAGACAGGUUUACCGUGAGGAAGAAGGGGCGCGGGCACACGUUAGAAAUCACCAAGUUGCGCCUGGAGGAUGCUGGGGAAUAUAGUUGCAUCACCAGGGGGAAGAAGACGGUGGCCACUCUGAUUGUGAGAGAGCGUGUGCGGAUUCUAUCGGGGCUGAGUGACAAGACGGUGACUGCCGGUGAGGACGCGGUGUUCACGUGCGAGCUGUCUGUCGCGGGCAUGAAUGAGGCGGCGUGGUGGCUCGGCUCCAGCCCGCUGCAGAAGAACGAGAUGAACCAGAUGAUGUGCGAGGGUCACCUGCACACCCUGGUGCUGACCAUGACCACCCCGGAGGAGACCGGCACAGUGGCCUUCGUGGUUGGGGAGGAAAGGACCUCUGCACGCCUGCUCGUGGUCCCCAAACCUAUGGUCUUGAUUGAGGAGAAACCAAAGGAUGUCGACGCGACUGAGGGAGAAACGGCUGUGUUCUCCUGUAUAACCUCUGACCUCACCACCCCCGUCACCUGGCGCUGCAACAACGUCCCCCUCCUGAUGGGAGACAAGUACGAGACACAGAAGGAGGGCCAAAGAAACCUCCUGCUCAUCCACCAGGUGGAGGUAGAAGACGCUGGGAUAUACUCCUGUGACACCGGAGACAUGCAGAGUCGAGCCAGCCUCACUGUCACAGAGCUGCCACCCUGCUUCCAGGAGCAGCUGCAGAGUGUCGAGGCUGAGGAGGGGGGCACAGCCUUCCUGUACUGUGAGCUGUCCAAACCGGGGAUCCCAGUGCAGUGGAGGAAGGGCAGACUAUCUCUGAAGGCCAGCAGGAAGUAUGAGAUGAAGCAGGAUGGGGGAGAGUUCCAGCUCCACAUCCACCAUCUCACCAUGGAAGACAGUGGCAGCUACACCUGUCUGGCAGGGGAGGUGGAGACCACGGCCUCCGUGGAAGUCAAGGAGCUGCCUCCAUGGUUCCAGGAGCAGCUGCAGAGUGUCGAGGCUGAGGAGGGGGGCACAGCCUUCCUGCACUGUGAGCUGUCCAAACCAGGGAUCCCAGUGCAGUGGAGGAAGGGUAGACUACCUCUGAAGGCCAGCAGGAAGUAUGAGAUGAAGCAGGAUGGAGGAGUGUUCCAGCUCCACAUCCACCAUCUCACCAUGGACGACAGUGGCAGCUACACCUGUCUGGCAGGGGGGGUGGAGACCACGGCCUCCGUGCAAGUCAAGGAGCUGCCUCCAUGGUUCCAGGAGCAGCUGCAGAGUGUCGAGGCUGAGGAGGGGGGCACAGCCUUCCUGCACUGUGAGCUGUCCAAACCAGGGAUCCCAGUGCAGUGGAGGAAGGGUAGACUACCUCUGAAGGCCAGCAGGAAGUAUGAGAUGAAGCAGGAUGGAGGAGUGUUCCAGCUCCACAUCCACCAUCUCACCAUGGACGACAGUGGCAGCUACACCUGUCUGGCAGGGGGGGUGGAGACCACGGCCUCCGUGGAAGUCAAGGAGCUGCCUCCAUGGUUCCAGGAGCAGCUACAGCAUGUCGAGGCUGAGGAGGGGGGCACAGCCUUCCUGCACUGUGAGCUGUCCAAGCCGGGGAUGCCAGUGCAGUGGAGGAAGGGUAGACUACCUCUGAAGGCCAGCAGGAAGUAUGAGAUGAAGCAGGAUGGAGGAGUGUUCCAGCUCCACAUCCACCAUCUCACCAUGGACGACAGUGGCAGCUACACCUGUCUGGCAGGGGGGUUGGAGACCACGGCCUCCGUGCAAGUCAAGGAGCUGCCUCCAUGGUUCCAGGAGCAGCUGCAGAGUGUCGAGGCUGAGGAGGGGGGCACAGCCUUCCUGCACUGUGAGCUGUCCAAGCCGGGGAUCCCAGUGCAGUGGAAGAAGGAUAGACUACCUCUGAAGGCCAGCAGGAAGUAUGAGAUGAAGCAGGAUGGAGGAGUGUUUCAGCUCCACAUCCACCAUCUCACCAUGGACGACAGUGGCAGCUACACCUGUCUGGCAGGGGGGGUGGAGACCACGGCCUCCGUGCAAGUCAAAGAGCUGCCUCCCUGGUUCCAGGACCAGCUACAGAGUGUCGAGGCUGAGGAGGGGGGCACAGCCUUCCUGCACUGUGAGCUGUCCAAACCAGGGAUCCCAGUGCAGUGGAGGAAGGGUAGACUACCUCUGAAGGCCAGCAGGAAGUAUGAGAUGAAGCAGGAUGGAGGAGUGUUCCAGCUCUACGUCCACCAUCUCACCAUGGACGACAGUGGCAGCUACACCUGUCUGGCAGGGGGGGUGGAGACCACGGCCUCCGUGGAAGUCAAGGCGUUGCAUGUGCCAGAGAAGCCUUCCCAGACAGUGUCACCUGUGAAAGCAACGCUCCCCCCUCACACAGUUGACCAGCAGAGAGACCUACCCCCUGUAGCUGAGCCUAAGAAACGAGCCACGAUGACCAGGGCAGCCACUGUAGACUCAGAGGAAGACUUGAAGCAUAGCCCAGAGCGUGUGAACGAACCAGCCACGGAGAAAGAAAUGGAAAUCGACCAAAGGGUGAAGCGGCCCACAAAAUCGUCGGAGCCAGAAAUUGAAGUGGACUUGAAGGUGAAACCGGCAAAGUAUGCCGGCCGAGAGACAGAAGCAGGUCGAAAUGUGAAUCUGUCAGCCAUGUCAAGAAAAAAAGAGAGUGCUAUAGACCAAGAGGAAAAAGCCCCUGUGACAUCUGUGCAGCAACAGCCCCUGCAGGUUGAAACAAAGGACGCUGAAGAGGGCCAAAAGGAGAAUUCGACAUUGAAACCCCCAGUAAGGACUAAACGGAAGGCGUCUGUAGACAGUGGGUCAAACCAGCUAUCACCAACUGUGGCAGAUACUUUUGAAGAAAACCAAAGAGAGAAACAGCUAUUGAAACUACCUGCAAGGACCAAACGGAGGGGAUCUGAAGCUAAAGAACCAGUGCUUUCUAACAUGGAAAGUGGGGAGACGCAGCCAUUUAAGGACAGGAUGAAGAAGAUAGAGAAGGAUAAGAACGAAAAACAGGCACUACAAACUGCCAUCGAUAAUACAGCAGUAGACCAGAAAGAGAAUCUUCCAUUAAAACCCCCAACGCCAACUAAACAAACAGGACCUGAAGUGAAAACAACUUUGCUGUCUGUGUCGGAAAGAGAGGAGAGCCAGCCAUGGAAGCCUACGAUGAAAGAGUCUGAAUCGGAUCAGAAACAUAAGAAACAGCCCGCGAAACAGCCAGCAGAGCCAAUAGGGAAGGAGCCUGUCAUCAGGGAGAAGGAGGAUCAGCCAAUCAGCUCCACAAAAGCAGAGAAGCAGCAACCUAAAUCGGAGGAGGACACUCCCCAUCUCUCUGUCUCAGAGGGAGAGCCCUCCUCUGAAUUAUUUACUCAGUUAGUUGGGAACAAGAAAAGAAGCCAGCAAGUAUCUCCAAUUGCUGAAGUUUUGUCUCUCUCCAACCUUGCACCCUGCGAGGAGCGCCAGGAGAUUCAACAAGCUGCGGAGCACACCCAAGACAUGGACAUCAGUGUGGAGGACGAGCCUGAGAUGCUGGAGGCUGCAAUUAAGAUUCAGGCUGCUUUUAAAGGCUACAAGACGCGAAAAGACAUGCGACCCACAUUCAAGGAGGCGUUCAAAAACCAGAGUGCAGAAGUUAAAGGUACCAUUAACCUAAAGUGUAUUGUAGAAGGUAAGCCCACAUCGGUACAUUGGCUGAAGGAUGGCCAGAAAAUAAAAAACAGCAAAUGGCACACCAUUAGCAUGUCGGAAGAUGGCGUUUGCUCAUUGGUGAUCUCAAACCUCACAGCCCAAGACACUGGUGUGUAUACAUGUGAGUUGGUCAACAAGUUUGGUGUAACUUCAUAUAACGGGAAUGUGACGGUUGGGAAGGUUCAGCAUCCUGUUCCCACCACCCAGAAGCCUCUGCAUCCACCUCUGGCUGCCAUCACUGCACUGAAGCCUACCCAGUUCCAGCCCCAGCCCCAGCCUCAGCCCCAACCCAAACUUCAACCUCAAACUCAACCUCGACCCCAGCCCCAGCCUCAGCCUCUUCCCCAACUCCAGGUGUCAACCUCAGGGAACGAGACCAUGGGUUCUGUGGAGAGUGAGGGCCUCUCACUGUGGCAGGCCUAUAGCCUGACUGAGGAGGACGCCAGCAUGAGCCUGCAGGAGAGAAGAAGGGCUUCUCUUAUUGCCAUCAGCUCCAUGUCCAGUCCCUCUGACUAUGACACCGCUCCAGAUGUUAUUGAGCCUUUUGACACCAGUCCCAAAGUUACUCUAACUCGGGAAGUUAUGAAGAAAGAGGAUGAAGAGGAUAAGCAACUUAGUUCUCCACCUCAACCUCCCAAAAGGCAUUUAAAAGUCAAAGGUGCUCUGGACACCAGAUUGAAGACUCCGUCCCCCAAACACCUCCGUGCCCACACCCCUACAGCCCUCACCUGCUCUGGGUCCGAGUCAGACGGAGAUGAGGAUCUAGCAGAGAUGUAUGAUAUCUACGUGGCUCGUGCCAACUGCAGCCCAGUCGGAGGCAGUAAGGAGAGCGUGGUGCUGAAGGAAGGCCAGUACGUGGAGGUUCUGGACUCAGUCCAUCCUGACAGGUGGCUGGUGCGGACCAAGCCCACCAAGAUUACUCCCUCGCGUCAGGAAUGGAUCUCCCCCGCAUACCUGGAGAAGAAAAUGAAGGAGAUGUUCCCACCACUAAGGCCUCCUGUUCAGGAUAUGGAUGGAACUGGUUAUUCUGGAGAGGUAUACAGGAAGACAGUCAGCCAAUUGAUUCAAGGUCUCAUUGAUGGAGAGAAGGAGUUUGUGAAGGAGAUGAAGGAGUUCAUGUCUCGCCACCUACACAACCUAGAGACCGGCUCUCAAGUCCCCCUCGAUGUUCUAAAACAAAAAGACGUUGUGUUCCGCAACAUUAAUGACAUUGUUACUCUGCAUGACAGAUGUCUGUUACCCAGUCUGGGUGAGUGCUUCACAGAUGAUGAUGUGGCCAUGCACCUGAUCAAGAACGCUGAUAAAUUUGAGAAGUACCUACAGUACAUGGCUGGCCAGACACAAGCUGAGGCCUGUGUUAUCGACAAACCUUUCCAGCAAUACUUCAAGCAAAACACAGUGGGAGUGGAGGAUGUUGUCACAUUCCUACAAAGACCAGUGGAGAGGAUUCAGACCUAUCAUGCUUUACUCAAGGAGUUGAUCAAGAACAAGGCUAAGACUGGAAAGAGCUGUGGUCUGCUGGAGGAUGCCUUCUCCAUGGUGUCCUGUCUGCCCUGGAGGUCUGACAACGUGCACCAGGUCUCCCUCAUAGAGAGCUACCCUGCUCCUCUCUCUGCCCUGGGAGAGCCCCUCCGACAGGGUGCAUUCACCGUGUGGGAGGAGUCGCCGGAGGUUAAAACACCCUCCAGGGGGCACCAGAGACAAGUGUUCCUCUUCAAGGACUGUGUCAUCUUGUGUAAGCCAAGGAGGGACGCCAGCAUGAACACAGACACCUAUGCCUUUAAGAACAAGAUGAAGCUGAAUGAUGUGGAAGUGAAGGAGAUGGUGGAGCGAGAUGAGAGGUCAUGGGGCUUGUGGCACGAGCACAGAGGCUCAGUCAGAAAGUACACGCUGCAGGGCCGCUCGGCCCCGCUCAAGCUCUCCUGGCUCAAAGACUUCAGAGAGCUGCAGCUACGCUCCAGACAGCCCUCCUGCAGUCCACCUGAGUUUGAAGUGCAUCUGUUUGACCUCACCGCAAAACUCAGUCAAACUAUUAAACUGACCUGCAAGGUUACCGGGAAUCCCAAACCAGUGGUCAGCUGGUUGAAAGACGGUGUGGCUCUGGAGGAUGAUUCACAUCACAUCCUCAGCACUGACCGAGGCGGCUCCUGCUGUCUCAUCCUGGAUGGCGUGAUCCUAGACGACUCAGGCCAGUACGUCUGCCGUGCCUCCAGUUCCCUGGGCCGUGCCAGCACGCUGGCCACAGUCAUGGUGGAGGGGCCUCCCAGGUUUGUCACCAGGAUACAGAGUGCCUGUCUCCUGGAGGGUGAAGACAUCCAGUUCACCUGCUCCACAACGACCACACCUCUACCAAACAUUAGGUGGUUGAAAGAGGGCAAAGAGCUGGUUGACCAGAAGAAGUACCUCAUGCAGAGUGAUGCUCGCAGUGGAAUCCUGACUUUUACCAUCCUAAACCCUGUCGAGGCAGACCUCGGCUUCUACGAGUGCAUGCUGUGGAAUGAUCUUGGCUGUGUCAAGUGUACAGCAGACCUGUGCACUCCCUUCACACCAUCAAUCAACGAUGAGACGGACCAAUCCCCCAAAGACGCCGAUGCAGAAGGCUGGUCCGCUGCCAUGGUGAAAAAAUGGCUUCAGACAGACUUCAACCCCACCUCUGUCUGCAAAAUGCUCUUCACGCCAGGAUACCCAGCACACACUGAGCCUAGCCCUGAAAAAACCGGCCCUGACAGCCUGGAACAGGUGGACGAGUCUCCCACACACCUUCAUGAGGAACAGGAGGACCUCUCCUUCUCCGAACCCACACAGGACAUGCCCGGAGCCUCUCCCUCCAUCCAGGUUCCUAUGGAGGAUCUGUGUGUGGAAUCUGGCAAACUGGCAACCUUCACGGCUAUAAUCACAGGACGGCCCACCCCUCUCAUACAGUGGUACAAGGAUGGGGAUGAGCUGUCGGCAAGUGACGGUGUGGAGUUGAUGCAACGCGGUGCCCGUUGCUCGGUGACGGUGCUCUGCCCGGAGCGGGAGGAUGGUGGCAUCUACACCUGCUUUGCCUACAACGAGUCUGGGCAUGCCUCCUGCCAGGCCCAACUCACUAUGGUGGAGGGUCAACUAGAGUUUCAGGACAGGGAGGUGGAGCUGGGGAAGAGGAGGAAGCUAUACUCUGUCUAUGACGUCCAUGAGGAAAUAGGGAGGGGUACAUUUGGUGUGGUGAAGCGUGUAGUCCAUAGGAGAACAGGGGAGAGCUUUGCUGCUAAAUUCCUCCCCUUGAAGACCUCCACCCGGACCAGAGCUUUCCAGGAAAGGGACCUGCUGUCCAGACUCGCCCACCCCCGAGUGGCCUGUCUACUGGACUUCUUCUGCACACGACGCACCCUAGUCCUGGUCACAGAAGUCUGCUCCCCUUAUGGUCUCCUGGAUCAUUUGUUGAUGAAGGGAUCAGUCAGCGAGAGAGAAAUUCAAAUGUACAUUCAGCAAGUACUGGAAGGUGUUGGUCACAUCCACAGCAUGAAUAUCCUACAUUUGGACAUCAAACCAGAGAACAUCCUGAUCGUUUUCCCACCCAGAGAUGAGAUCAAGAUCUGUGACUUUGGCUUCUGCCAGGAGAUGGACUCUUCCAGACACCAAUACAGCAAGUUUGGUACCCCAGAGUUUGUGGCUCCUGAAAUUGUGCACCAAGAACCUGUGACUGCAACUACUGAUAUCUGGUCUGUGGCUGUUGUGGCAUAUUUAUGUUUGAUGUGCCGGUGCCCGUUUGUGGGGGAGACGGACCGUGCCACGUUGCUGAGGGUGGGGGAGGGGAUUCUGAACUGGGAUGCCCCAGACCUCACCUCCAGGAGUCCCCAGGCCCAGGAUUUCCUUCGCCAGGGGUUGCAGCCAGACCCAGAAAAUCGUCCGACUGCUUUUGAAUAUCUGGGUCAUAAAUGGUUUCAGGAUAACUGUGGAGAGAACGAGACCAAUGCAAUCAACACAAAAAACCUGAAAGUCUUCAUAUCAAGGAGGAAAUGGCAGCGCUCUCUCACCUGCUUGGGCUCCGUGCUGACCCUGAGGCCAAUCACUGAGCUGCUGGAUGCUUCUCUCCAUGAAGCCUCCAUAACAAUCCCGCGGGAGCCCCAGGACCCCAGCAGCACCUCCCCGAGCAGUGGCUCCUCCUCGGAGUAUGACGAGGCCGACUCCUGGGACUUCUUCCAGCGCUGCAGCCCCACCGAGGAGGAAGAGGAGGAGGAUGAAGACUACGACCCUCUCAUGGAGAGAGCCACGAUCCCGGAGCCCUUUGCCAAACUCCGGAUGGAGGAGGAAGAAGAGGAGGAAGGGACAAUGGGGGAGGUGGAAGAAGACGGAGAAACGGCCGGGCGGAGGAGCGCAUUGGAGAGCCGUCAGUCGGGCGGCUCGUCAGACCAGUCUCUGCAGCAGACGCCUCGCCGAGACAGCAGCCCAUCUCUCUACCUGUCGGAGGGUGAUGAGGGUUCCGGGAGCGAAGGCGGGCGCAUCCCAAGGGGCAGCCUCAUCCGCAGCACCUUCUACACAAGCUCCCAGCAGCUGUCGCCCAUGUCGGCCCGCCACAUGACCCUCAGGGACAAGUUCCAGGUCAAGAAGCAGGAGAGAGGUCGCAAGCCGUUGCGAUCCAGCCUGUCGGGACGUCUCAACGAGCCCCUCAUCGAGUACGUGGAGGAAGAGACGGACUCCCAUCGCACCCAGAGAAGAGGCUCACUCCAGUCCAGCAUGCUGAAGUCCUCCUCCUUCGAUAGCGGAGUGGGCCUCUCCCACCCCAACGCUCCACCGCACAGGAGGAGCAGGUCCCUAGAUGAGUACUCGAGACGUUCCCAAGGCUCCCUGAAGCGCCGAGACCCCUUGGAUGAAGACGAAACUCAGAGUCUAAAAGAGGAUUUCACAGAUGAUGAGAAGACCGUGAUGGUACCUCCAAUAAGGCCCAAGAGAAGAGGGUCUCUUGCUUUAGCUCCGAUUAAACCAAGGGCCAGCCUGGAACAGUCAACACUCCGGCCCAGGCCAGGGCAGGAAGAGGAGGAGUUAGAUAACCUAGUUGGCUCUCAGGCGUCCCUGAUGUCCCUGGUGCUGGACCAGGACUCGGAGGCCUCCAGCAUACUGGGCUCCUGUGAGGAGCUGAGGCACAGACACCCUGUAUCGCCACACACACUGGGAGACAGGGAGAAAUAUGAUGAGCAGGAGGAGCUCCUAAUCAGCCCAUCUCCCUGUUCCCUCCUGCUAGGCUCGGAGACCGACGAGGAUCAAAACUACAAGUGUGGCCGUCUUCGGGUCCCACCCAGAACCACCAAACACCCGGGAAAAAACCUGGUUGCCAGGUCUGUGAGUCCCAUCCCAAGUCCUUCCCUCCGUGCCCCGCAGAGACCACCAAGAGCGAAGGAUUCCAGUGAAGGCCUCCAGAGGCACGCGUCGGCCCCAGCCCUAGACGUCAAACCGCCUACGGGGAAGUCUCCCAAGCUCGGCCUGCUGAAGAUCUUCCGCAGGCAGUCAUGGACGGGUCAUUCCUACUCCCAGCUAGACAGCUCCGAGCUGGGGCCUACUCUGGGGGAAAUCAUGAGUCCUUCCACACCGACCAUGUCUCUUAGGAAGAAGAUGAGGGCUUCAGCCUCCAGUCUUACCAAGCUCUUCACCAGAUCCUCCAGUAAGGAGGACCUUCAGAGUGGAGGGCCAAUCGUGAAAGGAUCUGCCCAUAUCCCGGCCGAGAAAGAACCAAGCCCCGGCCUGGAGAGUCCUAAGAAGAAGGCUGCCAAACUCUUAUCCAAACUCAAAAUACCAGGAUUCAAGAAGAGUAAAGAACUGCCUGUACGCCCAUGCAGACCUGAUGUGAUCCAUUUGGAUGGAGGUGGACUGUUUUUGGUCUGGAGACCAAUACAGUCCAGUGAUCCUGCUGUGUACUGUUUACAAUAUAGCACAGAUGGUGGGGACUGGAAGGUGCUGUGUGAUGAUGUGACAGACAGCUGCUAUGUGGUGAAGAACUUACCCAGGGGAGCAGGCUAUAUCUUCAGGGUGGGCUGCAUCACCAAGACAGGGGCUGGACCCUUCAGCGAAUCCUCACAGCCAGUGGUUAUGGCUACACAUCCUGAAGAGAGCCAUAUUCCCCUCAUCCAGACUGAGUCUCCAGAGACUAAGACAGCAGGGUCAGGAAGUCAGCCUUCCCAUAAGACCUACACCUUUCUCUCAGAGAUCAACAGGGGUCGGUUCAGCGUGGUGACACGGUGUCAGGAGGAGGAGAGCAGGCAGCUGUUUGCAGCCAAGAUCACCCCGUACAGGCCAGAGCAGAGGCAGCUGGUGCUGAGGGAGUACCAGCUGCUGAAGAGACUGCGCCACCCCCACCUGGUGCAGCUGCAUGCGGCCUUCAUCACCUCGCGCUGCCUGGUCCUGGUGGAAGAGCUGUGCUCAGGCCAAGAGUUGCUCCAUAGCCUGGCGGAGAGAGAGCUGUAUGCAGAGGUGCAGGUGGUGGAGCUGCUGUGUCAGAUCCUCAGUGCCGUGGACUACCUGCACGGCCGUAGGGUUGUCCACCUGGACCUGAAGUCAGACAACAUGCUGGUGACUGGCCCCAACAUGCUGAAGAUCGUCGACCUGGGCUCUGCCCAGCCUUUCACUCCUGGACAGGCCCUCAACAUCGAACACAUUCAAGGCCUGUCUGACAACAAAGAAAACCGCAGCAAAGUUUACAUUGUCCUUCCUAAAGCUCCGGAAAUUCUGGAGGGCCAUGGAGUUGGACCUGAGACGGAUAUCUGGGCUGUUGGAGUUUUGACUUUUAUCAUGUUGAGUGCCGACAGCCCUUUCCACUCGGACCUCAACUGGGAGAGGGACAGAAACAUCCGGAAGGGCAAGAUCCAGUUCAGCCGCUGUUACCCGGGCCUGUCAGAGGGAGCCAUCACUUUCCUAAAGAACACCAUGAACAGCAAGGCUUGGGGAAGACCCACGGCAGCAGAGUGUCUCCAGAACCCGUGGGUGCGUGGGGAACGGAUGCCCUCCAAACCCAGGGACUCCAUCGUGUGCUUCUCCACAGACAAACUGAAGACCUACCUCAAGGAGCGGGAGGUGAAACGAGACCAGGUACGCACCAAGCUGCAGGGGCCCUUCUUUCAGUGAUUCAAUGAUUAAAGACAAAGACUGACAUGCCUUGUGUGGAAACAUGUACAAAUGUAUCAAAUAAUAUCCUGAUUGCAGAACUGGGAUGUGUCUUACAACAAGGGAAACUGUAUCUGGGUAUGCAUUUACUGAAUUAUUAAGAUCAUAUCAGGGAAAAUGUGAAGUAUUCUGUGCAAUGCUGUUGCUUGUGUGAGGUAGAAUUUAUGGAGUUUUGGACAAUGAUGUUCAUUUUCGCCUUAACUAUGUCUUCUGGCUCAUUUGUUUACAGAGCCUGUAUGCUAAAUGUGACUUGUGUUUUGGAAAAUGGCAAAGGGAUUAAGCAUCAAUUUUGGAAUGACAAAGGAAAAGUGUUGACUGACGUAUGUCCUUUUCCUAAAUGAUAUUUUGAGUGAACAUUGUUUAAGAAUUUCACAUGAACUGUCUUAUUGUGUACAAAGGAGGAUAUGAACAAAUGUUUUUUGAGAAAUAGACAAAAAUACGUAUAAUUGAUUAAGUAUUCAUGCACCUUACUAAAGGCAAUAUGUAUGGACUGAACGAAAGCCAAAUAAAACAGAAAGAGUGGUG